AGAGGCUUACACAUCAACAACUUCGAGAAUGAAAAUCUGCCAAAUUGCAUGUGCAUCUUUCAAAGACAGAAAGAAUGGCCGCAAAAGCAAUUUACGAAGCUGAUGCAAAGUCGCUGAUAUACCGUUUCUGCAAAACCAAGCACCUUGCUCGCAAUAACUUGCUCAGCGUCAAUGAAAAGUCUAAUCUUUUAACGGAGGAGAGCACAAAUGACUGGCUUGCAAAUCAGAAACUAGUUGUAAAGCCAGAUCAGUUGAUAAAAAGAAGAGGAAAACAUGGACUGGUUAAAAUAAAUGCGAAUUGGUCUGAUGUUAAACAAUGGCUAGCUGAACAUCAAGGGAAAGAUAUAAUGAUUGGAAAAGCAACUGGAAAGCUGAAGAAUUUUAUUGUUGAGCCAUUCAUUGCUCAUGAGCAGAAACAAGAAUACUAUGUCUGUAUUUUUACACAAAGGGGUGCAGAUGUUAUUUUGUUUCAUCAUGAAGGUGGAGUAGAUGUGGGAGAUGUAGAUAGUAAGGCUAACCGGCUUGUUGUUGGGAUUGGAGAAUCUGUAUCCAUUGCUCAGAUUGAAAAAACUCUGCUGUUCAACAUUGCAGAUGGGUUAAGAUCAAAUCUAGGUGUCUUCAUCCAGGAACUCUUUGACUUGUAUGUCAGUCUGCAUUUCACAUACCUGGAGAUUAACCCAUUGGUUGUAAAUCAAGAUGGUAUUCAUGUGUUAGAUGUUGCUGCUAAACUUGAUCAAGCAGCUGAAUAUAUUUGCAGUACCAAGUGGGGAAAAAUCUGCUUCCCUCCUCCAUUUGGCAGAGAAGCUUAUCCAGAGGAACAAUAUAUUGCAGAACUUGAUGCCAAGAGUGGUGCAUCUCUGAAGUUAACUGUAUUGAACAGAAAAGGUAGAAUAUGGACAAUGGUUGCUGGUGGUGGAGCCUCAGUUGUUUAUAGUGAUACAAUAUGCGAGUUAGGAGGCGCUGCAGAGCUGGCAAAUUACGGCGAGUAUUCAGGAGCACCAACUGAAUCACAAACGUUUCAGUAUGCAAAAACCAUUUUAAAGCUUAUGACAGAUGGCACCCCGUUGCCAAAUGGCAAAGUGCUCAUUAUUGGUGGCGGAAUCGCAAACUUUACAAAUGUCUCUGCGACUUUCUCGGGUAUUGUCAAAGCCUUGCAGUUAUUUCAGCAACAACUCAUAGAACACAAUGUAUCAAUUUUUGUCAGGCGUGGUGGGCCUAACUAUCAAGAGGGCCUACGAAUUAUGAGGGAACUGGGAAUGUCUCUAGGUGUCCCUGUCCAUGUAUUUGGAACUGAAACCCAUAUGACUGCCAUUGUUGGCAUGGCGCUGGGCAAAACCAAAAUCCCUGACCAAGAAGCUUUCAAUUCAAAUGACGCUGCAAAUAUGUUCUUCAAAGCGGCCGAGCAUGGAAAGUCACCUGAGAAAUCAUCCAAGCGGCCUCGUAUCGAUAGCGAUGAAGCCAUGACCUGUGUUGAUAGUACGGACUUUAUCAUGGUCGAAAAUGGCAAAGAAGCGGCGAAAGAAAUUUUCAACAAUAACACAAAGGCAAUAAUUUGGGGAAUGCAACCAAGAGCUGUUCAGGGUAUGCUAGAUUUCGAUUAUGUUUGCUCUAGAGAAUCCCCCUCUGUUGUUGCCAGCGUUUACCCAUUCAGUGGAAACCACAAGCAGAAGUUUUACUAUGGUCACAAGGAGAUAAUGAUACCAGUCUACAAAGACAUGUCAGAAGCGAUGAGAAGACACCCGGACGCCCAAGUGAUGGUCAGCUUUGCAUCCCUCCGCUCAGCUUAUGAAAGCACUGUCGAGGCUUUGGGCUUUCCCCAGAUACGAUGUAUAGCAAUCAUUGCCGAAGGUAUUCCUGAAAGACUAACUCAAAAACUGAACAAAAUUGCGAAAGAAAAAGGAGUAACCAUAAUUGGUCCAGCCACGGUGGGUGGUAUCAAGCCAGGAUGCUUCAAGAUUGGCAACACCGGUGGAAUGCUGGACAAUAUACUAGCCUCGAAACUUUACAGACCUGGAAGUGUUGGCUAUGUGUCGCGGUCUGGCGGAUUAUCCAAUGAACUUAAUAACAUAAUGGCAAGAAAUACUGAUGGCGUUUGUGAAGGUGUUGCGAUCGGAGGCGAUAGGUACCCUGGAUCUACUUUUAUUGAACACGUCAUUAGAUAUGAAGAAAAUCCGGAUGUUAAAAUGAUUGUUCUCCUUGGAGAGGUUGGUGGCGUCGAUGAAUACGAAAUAUGCAAUGCGAUCAAAGAUGGACGAGUUACAAAGCCUGUUGUUGCUUGGGUUCUUGGAACAUGCGCAGACAUGUUCACCAGUGAGGUUCAAUUUGGACAUGCCAAUGCCUGUGCCAACGCCGAAGCGGAAACUGCAAGAGCCAAAAACAAGGCUCUGGGAGAAGCUGGAGCCCAUGUUCCAAAAACAUUUGAUGACCUUGGCAUCGUAAUCAACAACGUUUUCAAAAAACUCGUUGCUGAUGGAAAGAUCGUCGUCAAGCCAGAGAAGAGACCCCCGACUGUCCCUAUGGACUACAACUGGGCGCAGGAGCUUGGUUUGAUACGAAAGCCAUCCUCAUUUAUCUCAACCAUUUGCGACGAAAGAGGUCAAGAGCUUCUGUAUGCAGGCGUACCUAUUCAUGACGUUUUCAAGGAAAGGAUGGGCAUUGGCGGCACCCUUGGAUUGUUGUGGUUUCAGCGAAAGCUGCCCCAUUAUGCUUGUGAAUUUAUCGAAAUGUGCAUCAUGCUGACAGCUGACCAUGGCCCAGCUGUCUCUGGGGCCCAUAACACAAUCGUCACUGCACGAGCCGGCAAAGACUUGAUGUCAUCUCUCUGCUCUGGGCUCCUAACAAUCGGAGACAGAUUCGGAGGCGCUCUUGAUGCAGCGGCCAAGCAAUUUUCCGAAUCCUUUGAUGCUGGUAAGACUCCGAUGGAAUUUGUAAACGAGAUGAGAAAGAAAGGCCAGCUAAUCAUGGGUAUUGGACAUCGCGUUAAAUCGAUCAAUAACCCAGACACAAGAGUAGAGAUUAUGAAGGCAUUUAUCAAGGAGAAUUUCCCGCAAACUCCUUUGUUUAAUUUUGCCCUUGAGGUUGAAAAGAUUACAACUGCCAAGAAACCAAAUCUGAUCCUGAAUGUUGAUGGUUGCAUUGGAGUUGCUUUUGUGGACCUGCUCAGGUACUGCGGAAACUUUUCAAAAGAAGAAGCCGAUGAAUAUAUAUCAAUAGGGGCAUUGAAUGGGCUUUUCGUUCUCGGAAGAUCAAUCGGAUUUAUAGGUCACUUUUUGGAUCAGCGCCGUUUGAAACAAGGGUUGUAUCGGCAUCCUUGGGAUGACAUCACGUACAUGCUACCAGACCACUUGCCACAGCGACCUGCUCCAUUUGAGUAGAUACAAUCUUAUGCAUAAGCUGUUUUGGGCUUGCAGCUUUGCCAUAUACACAAAGAUUUGAACAUGUUUAAUGACAAUCUAUACGAUUUAUGCAGAUUAUAUUGCUUCUUUAAAUCAUACAAAGAUAAAUUCAAUGA